AUGUCUAAUGAUACGCAACCCAAUGGUGUAGGGUCUACAGGGCUCGAGUCUUCGCUCUCCAACAUGAGCGUGAAGAGCUCGUCGACGCCUACGACCACCGGCAACACUUCCUCGUCGGACUCGACCGCUUCUGCUGCGCCGAAGAAGCGCUACGUGCCGCCGCACCUCCGUAACCAACCUGAGGGUGUCGCCCCGCCUCGUUCGGGCGGUGGCCGCGGUCCUUCGACGCUACCGCCUGCCUUCAGCAGUGGCCGUCGUGGCUACGGCGGUAGCGACGCUCCGAGCGCUGGCGUGGGUGCCGGUGCUGCCGGUGGUGGCCGCUGGAGUGGCCUCCGCGAGACUGGCGGUGGCUGGGGCGACCGUGGUGGUGCCCGCCGCAACGAUGGCUUUGGCAUGUGGAAAGACGGUAAACACAUUAUUGGUCCGCGCAACGAGCGCCAGGAGCGCGAGCUAUUCGGUGAGGCCAACGACGGUAUCCACCAAAGCACUGGUAUUAACUUUGACAAGUACGGCGAUAUUCCCGUGGAAGCUACUGGCCAUGAUGUGCCGGAGCCGAUUACAGAGUUCACUCACCCGCCGGUCGAUGAGCAUCUGAUUGCUAACAUUACGCUCGCGCGCUACACGACGCCGACCCCCGUGCAGAAGUACUCGAUCCCCAUCGUCGCUGCAGGCCGUGAUCUGAUGGGUUGUGCCCAGACCGGUUCGGGUAAGACGGGUGGUUUCCUGUUCCCUAUUCUUUCGGCGCUGUUCACGCAUGGCCCACCUCCCAUGCCACCGCAACCGCCGACGUAUGGCCGCCAAAAGGCCUACCCUUCGGUGCUGAUUCUUGCACCGACACGUGAGCUUGUGUCGCAGAUCCAUGACGAGGCUCGCAAGUUCACAUAUCGCUCGUGGGUGCGCCCCGCUGUCGUGUACGGUGGUGCCGAGAUGGGCGCGCAGCUGCGUCAGAUUGAGCGCGGCUGUGAUCUGCUCUCCGCGACGCCUGGUCGUCUUGUGGACUUGAUUGAGCGUGGCCGUAUCAGCUUGGCCAACGUCCGUUUCCUUGUGCUUGACGAGGCUGACCGUAUGCUUGAUAUGGGUUUCGAGCCGCAGAUCCGCCGCAUUGUGCUGGGUGAGGAUAUGCCGGGCGUGAUGGAUCGCCAGACGCUCAUGUUCUCUGCUACGUUCCCUCAGAACAUCCAAAUGCUGGCGAAGGACUUUUUGAAGGAGUAUGUGUUCCUGUCGGUGGGCCGUGUCGGCUCGACCUCUGAAAACAUCACACAGAAGAUUGAGUUUGUCGAGGACCGGGAUAAGCAGUCUGUGCUUCUGGACGUGCUGGCUGCGAUGCCCAAGGGCGGCCUCACGCUGAUUUUCGUCGAAACGAAGCGUAUGGCCGACAUGCUCUCCGACUUUUUAAUCUACCAAAACAUUGCGGCCACAUCUAUCCACGGUGACCGUACGCAGCGCGAGCGUGAGUAUGCGCUGGAGCUGUUCCGUACUGGCCGCACCCCGAUUCUGGUGGCUACGGCGGUGGCCGCGCGUGGUCUGGAUAUCCCGAAUGUGACGCAUGUGGUCAACUACGACCUGCCGUCUGAUAUUGAUGACUAUGUCCACCGUAUCGGUCGUACCGGUCGUGCGGGUAACGUCGGUCACGCUACGGCGUUCUUCAACCGCAACAACCGCAACAUUGUGCGUGACCUGAUCAAGCUGUUGCAGGAAGCUCACCAGGAGGUGCCGCAGUGGCUCGAGAUGAUUGCAUCAGAGAGUGCCUUUGGCGGUAGCAGCCGUGGUGGCCGUGGUGGCCGUAUGGGCGGUGGCCGCAUGGGUGGUGGCCGCAUGGGCGGCAACAUCGGCUCGCGCGAUGUUCGCUCGGGUAUGGGCGGCAGCAGCAGCGGCUUUGGUCCCCGCAGCGGCGGCUACGGCGGUGGCUACGGCGGCGGUGGCUUCUACAAUGGCCCGCCUGCGCCGGACCACAGCGGUAGCGGCCAGUCGUGGUGGUAA